GUAUUUGAGUCCAAGUCCCGGAAAAUAAUCCAUCUAACCGAUUUGCAAGCGUGUGCGACCAGUGUCUUCGAGACUAAGAAGGUGCACAUCCCAAUCACCCUCACUGUGGGUAUUCCAGGCGUUGUUGGUCAACUUUCCGCCAAUUAGAUAGACGGUGGCUAGAUGACAUCCAAAUCCAAAGGAUCUGGCCUUUCAUCUGCUGCCAAGCGCAUCCAGAAAGAGUUGGCUGAGAUUUCCCUGGACCCUCCCAGCAACUGCUCAGCAGGCCCCAAAGGCGACAACAUCUACGAAUGGGUCUCCACCAUUCUUGGACCGGGAAGCUCACCAUAUCAAGGAGGAGUUUUCUUCCUUGAUAUCCAAUUCCCCAUGGACUAUCCUUUCAAACCUCCAAAGGUUGUGUUCCGGACGCGCAUCUAUCACUGCAACAUCAAUAGCAACGGCCAGAUUUGCCUUGACAUUCUGAAGGACCAGUGGAGCCCGGCGCUUACUGUCAGCAAAGUGCUGCUGUCCGUCUGCUCCCUCCUCACCGAUCCAAACCCCCAGGAUCCUUUGGUGGGCAGCAUUGCCCAGCAGUACCUGACCGACAGAGAGGCCCACGACAAGCAGGCUGCAGAGUGGACACGCCGAUUUGCUCAGGGGUAGAAGGGCAGUGCAGUUGGCAGUGUAGGGUGUGUUGGGAGGGCAGCAGCCACUGUGGCUCUGGGAGUGUUGGCCUCAGAUACCAUGCGUAGCGUGUCUAGAAUGAUGGCACAGUCUGCGUGAGGUUGUCUGCGCUGUUCCUGUAGCCUCUAGCGUGUCUAAGAAAAUUGGGACGAUGUCCUCAGAGUUGUGGGUCGCGAUAUCCAUUUUUUGCAGCAGCAUGGCUAUCAGGGAUGGCAAUCUAUGGCAUCUGAAGACAUCGCUUGCAACGUGUACACAUGCAUGUUGGAAUCGGUCAUGUGGUGAAGACGACACUCUGCAUGUACUGUACACCUCAGCAAUGGAGCAGGUCUGCUCUGGACUCCAGCGCUACUAAUGGGAGUCUUGGCUUGAGUGUGGACAAGCCCUGUCACAGACGGUCUUGGCACCACGAAGGCCAGCAAAAUCCAUUAUUAUCGCUCCGUGCCGCACAGUGCAGCACCCGGACAAAAGAAAAAUUGAGCUUGAUUUGAUGAAUACAAGAUGCUCGGCAUCUGGUAUCAAAGUAGACUAUUACUAUAUGAAAAACUUUGAUAAAAUUGAAUAAAUAAAUUACUAAUUAGGAUUAUG